AUGGCGACAUCCACACAGCCACAUCACCGAUUAUUCCCUGAAAACAUCGAGUUAAAUGUCGGGGGAAAGUUUUAUUCCACUUCAGUCCUUACACUGACGAGGGAGCCAGACUCGCUUCUUGGCCGCAUUUUCAGUGGGAGGCAGACUGUAGACAAAGACAGAACUGGAAAAUAUUUCAUUGAUCGCGAUGGAGCGCUCUUUCGUUACAUUCUGGAUUUUCUCCGAACAAAAAGGCUUCAUCUUCCAGAAGACUUUUGCGAAAUUGCGAGGCUUAGAAACGAGGCCGAAUUUUUUGAAAUAGAGGGUUUAGAACUACAGCUCGAUUUGUACAGCAGAACACGGGAAAGAGCCGCCACGAUAAUGAACGAACGCUUUGGUUACAUCACGUUACACAUUCGGAGUACUUACGCAUUCGGAAGAGUCGGUCAAGCAGACGUGAAUUUUCGCAAACUGCAAAGAAUCGUAGUGUGUGGAAGAGUUUCUUUGUGUCGUGAAGUCUUCGGAGAAACUCUUAACGAAAACCGGGACCCAAACCCCGAGGGGAACAGGUACACAAACAGAUUUUAUCUCAAGCAUAAUUACGUUGAAAAGGCAUUUAUGCGACUUCAAGAUUGUGACUUUCAACUGGUUUCAAGCAGCGGUGGUGAAAGUGGAAACUGUACUACUGACAGCAUUAAAAGCGAUGAAGACAAAUGGGACCAUUUUACCAUCCAUGUGUUCCUGCGUCGAUAA